CUUGUUAGAGCUGAGCUGUCCAACCUCAGCAGCUGCUGGACCCUAGGACAGAGCAGGGACCUCGUCUCCAUCUACCUCCAGCUCCUCCAAAGCCAGACCCAGCCACCAGUUCUGGCUCGUCUUGCCUGGAACCAUGACCUUCCCCGAGAUUCUGGACCGAGUGGGCAGCAUGGGCCCCUUCCAAUACCUGCAUGUGACCUUGCUCGCCCUCCCAAUCCUCGGCAUGGCCAACCACAACCUGCUGCAGAUCUUCACAGCCACCACCCCUGCCCACCACUGUCGCCCGCCUCCCAACACCUCUGCAGGGCCCUGGGUGCUCCCCAUGGGCCCGAAUGGGGAGCCUGAGAAGUGCCUCCGUUUCGUACAUCUGCCCAACACCAGCCUGCCCAAUGACACCCAGGGGGCCACCGAGCCGUGCCUGGACGGCUGGGUCUACAACACCACCAGGGACACCAUUGUGACAGAGUGGAAUCUGGUAUGCAGCUCCGGGAAACUGAAGGAGAUGGCCCAGUCUAUCUUCAUGGCAGGCAUCCUGAUUGGAGGGCUCGUGCUUGGAGAACUGUCUGACAGGUUUGGCCGGAAGCCCAUCCUGACGUGCAGCUACCUACUGCUGGCAGCCAGCGGCUCAGGCACAGCCUUCAGCCCCACCCUCUCCUUCUACAUAGUCUUCCGCUUCCUGACGGGCUUCAGCAUCUCAGGGAUUGUCCUGAGCACGGUCAUCUUGAAUGUGGAAUGGGUGCCCACCUGGAUGCGGGCCAUCUCGUCGACAGCAUUUGGGUACUGCUACACCACUGGCCAGUUCAUUCUGUCCGGCCUGGCCUAUGCCAUCCCCCAGUGGCGCUGGCUACAGUUAACAGUGUCUGUUCCCUACUUCAUCUUCUCCCUGUUGUCCUGGUGGAUACCAGAGUCUAUACGCUGGAUGGUCCUAAAUGGAAGGUUCUCCAAGGCCCUGAAGACACUCCAACACGUGGCUGCCUUCAAUGGCAAGAAGGAGGAGGGGAAAAAGCUCAGCUUGGAGGAGCUGAAGUUUAACCUGCAGAAGGACAUCUCCUUGGCCAAGAUCAAGUAUGGCACAACUGACCUAUUUCGGAUACCCAUCCUGCGCCAUAUGACCCUCUGUCUUUCCCUGGCCUGGUUUUCCACUGGUUUUGCCUACUACAGCUUGGCUAUGGGGGUGGAAGAAUUUGGUGUCAAUCUCUACAUCCUCCAGAUCAUCUUUGGCGGGGUCGACAUCCCAGCCAAGUUCAUCACCAUCCUCUCCAUAAGUUAUCUGGGCCGGCACAUCACUCAGGCCAUUGUGCUGCUUCUGGCAGGAGGGGCCAUCUUGGCUCUCAUCUUUGUGCCUUCAGACAUGCAGAUCCUGAGGACAGCACUGGCUGUGUUUGGAAAGGGAUGCCUGUCUGGCUCCUUCAGCUGCCUCUUCCUCUACACGAGUGAACUCUACCCCACAGUUGUCCGGCAAACAGGUAUGGGCAUUAAUAACCUGUGGGCCCGCGUGGGAAGCAUGCUAGCCCCACUGGUGAAAAUCACGGGUGAGGUGAAGCCCUUCAUCCCCAAUGUCAUCUACGGGACCAUGGCCCUACUGGGAGGCAGUGCUGCCUUCUUCCUGCCUGAGACUCUCAAUCGGCCCCUGCCAGAGACCAUCGAAGAUGUGCAAAACUGGCGCCAUCAAGGAAAGAAGAGAAAGCAGGAGCCAGAAGCAGAAAAGGCAUCCCAGAGGAUCCCUCUGAAGCCUUGUGAAUCAGGCCGGGACCCCAGCUGAGGACAAGGGACCCUCCUUUCCCAGUCCUCCAGAGACUGAUCCCCGCCA